UCAAACUCGAUGCCGCUGUGGUGAAUAGCUAACAUUCGCCUUGAUUUCAGUUGUGAAACUUAAAUCGAAAUGGAGCUGUUUGUUUCAAAUGUGAAAAGUCUCACAGAGAAUCUGCUGCAGAAACAGACAACAGAUUAUGAUCAGGUGAUAGAGAAACUCUUCUCUGAAGUCUCUGGCCUGGAGGAUUUCCCCCAAAUACCAGAUCCACAGCUGGAGGAGUGUGCCAUCCAGCUGUGGAACUGGGCAGUUACCAAGAAUGUGGGCACCACAAUAAGUACAAAUCUGAAAGCUAAAGUGCGUCAUGUGGCAAGCAGUCUGCUGUACUGCUGUGAGCCUGAAAAUCCAACAGAGGGCAUCAUUCGCAAGCAGAUCCUGAUGGCCAGCAAAACAGGAAGAACCUGGCUGGACUGCAAAAAUCCCCAGAUGGCUGAUAACUUCUUACGGCUUGCUGUGAAGAGCCUGGAAACUCUCUAUGCCCAACUAACAUCCAGAGGUGACGGUGCUGCUGACAUCACUUCUUCUAAAGGAGAUGUCGAAAAGGAUCUGCUUCGAACUCUCUCUUGCCAGGCAGAAUCGGCCUUAAUUCAAGGGAAUCACCAUGAGGCUGUGGUCUAUAUGCAGCGCUGUAAAGACAUGCUGCUGCGGCUACCAAAGGAUACUGCCUAUCUCUCCCUUAUGUGCUACAACUUUGGAAUAGACACUUACAAUCUGAGAAAGUUUGAGGAAAGUGCAUUUUGGCUGAGCCAAAGCUAUGGGAUCGGGAAAAUGAAUGUGAAGUACGCACCUGGAUCUGAAGUCCAGGCCAAAGUCUUGAGGCUCCUGGCUACUGUUUAUUUGGAGUGGGACUGUCAAAGGUUUCAGGAGAAGGCUAUUAGUGCUGUCAGCUUAGCCAACAAGGAAUGUACGAGCGCCUCUGGGCUGUACUUAAAGAUCAGAAUACUCCUGAGAUGCGUGGCCCCCGACGAUGAUAUCAGAGCAGGACUUAAUGGGAUGCUGGAAUCUAAGGUUUCUCUUGAAGUGUGUCUGAGCACGGUGAAGCUCCUCAUGUCUGAAGACAGAGAAGUGCUUGCAUUUGACUAUUUGAAACGUGCGUGUCAGCACUUUGAGUCGUCCCCUGACCUGGGAACUGCUCUCGUUAUGCACAUCGAACUGCUGCUGCAGAGGGGCAGGGAGCUGUUGGCCAAACAGAAGAUAGAGGAUAUCAUCACUGGCCACUAUACGGGAAAACAGCUGACUCCACAGGCCCUCACAAGUCUUCAUGUCAUGCUGUGGGAUAAAGCGUCCAUACACUUUGAGGCCACAAACUUUUCUGAGGCUCUUCAGUGGUAUAACUACUCGUUGAGUUUCUUUAAGGCGGGUCAAAUGGAGCCCAAUUCAGCCAAACUGCAGAGGAACAGAGCUUCCUGUUUCCUGCAGCUAAAACAACUGGAAAAGGCCAAAGAAGCGAUUAAAGAAGCAGAGAGAUGUGAUCCUGACAGCAUUUUCACACAGUUCAGUCUCUACAAGAUUGCAGUGCAGGAGAACAACGUGGAGAAAGCUGCAGAGGCACUGAAUGCGAUGGGACUUCUGUCCAAGAGUCCUGCUGCCAGUGAAGACGGGCUGCUGGUCUCUGAGAACGCUGCCUCCAAUCUGCUCAGUCUGGCUGCUCAGAUUGCUUUGGAGAACGAACAGCAGCAGACUGCCAUGAAGGCUCUGGAGAGCUUGUGUGAAAACUCCAAGGAUGAAGCUCAGGUCCUCACUGCUCUCAGGUGUUUGGUUCGACUGGUGCUAUCCACAAUUGAAAAAUCGAGAGAUGAGACGAGGGAUGUGGAUAUGGAUGUCCUGCUGCCAUAUCUAAACUUGGCUCUGCAGAAAGUUUCACACCAGUCCCGCCUGCCUGCUGAGAAACGCACAGAGGAAGCGAACUGGUUCAGGAAAAUUGCUUGGAACUCGGCUCUGCAGUGCGAGAGCUGCCCUGACAGGAUGAGGGAUUUCUUUGUGCUUUCCUACCAGCUCUCCCAGCUGUGCCCUCCUGAUCGCACUCUGCUCAUGGGCCAGAAGACGUGUCUGCUAAUGGCCGCCGCCGCCUCUCUGGAGCUCUGCAGGAAAUCUCCUCACUCUGCCCAGACUGAGGAGCUCACUCAGGCGCUGGAGCACAUUCAGAUCUGCUGGGAGGUCUGGAAAACCCUGAAAGCUUCAGGGAGCUUCCCCAAGGACCCGACAGACACGCUGCUGCUGCUCUACGAGUUUGAAGCUCGAGCGAAGCUGAACGACCCCAAGGUCGAAACAGUCCUGGAGUCCGUCUUGGAGCUCGAACACGUUGAAACCAAGGUGCUGGAGACCAUUGCAGCCUUGGCCAUGGAGCCCCCUGCCCACUUCCCUCUGCUGUGCAAGAAGGCCUUGAGGGUGGCUCUCUCGCUGCACAGGAAACAACCACAGGCCGACCUGGCCCGCUGCAGCAAGUGUGUUCACAGCCUGAUCAAGUUGUCCCUCCCGAGCGGCGUGUCAGAGGUGGAGGCCCGAGUGCUGGAGGAGGUGUGGGACUACUACGAGGAGGCUCUGUCCGUCAUCGCAGCCGCACCGGACGACUUCCCGGAGAUGGAGACGCUGUGGCUGCUGACGCGGGCCUGGAACACGGGGGUCCUGCUGUACAGCCUGGCGCAGUACCCCGAGGCCGAGAAGUGGUGCGGCCUCGCCAUCAGCUUCAUCCGCCACCUGGGGUCCCUGCAGGAGAGCUAUGAGAAAAAGAUGUCUGGACUCUACACUGAGAUCCUGGACCGGCUGGACAGAGCCAAGAGGAACUGCCUCAUGGAGGAAUGAAUGAGCUGCCUUCAGCCCCUCGUUUCCCGUCGUUAUCUGAACCGUAUCAGUUCCAGCAGCUCGUUCCAGCUCGGCGUUUCCAAUGUUGCUUUAAUGUUCAUCAGAGUUCCCUCAGUGUUUUAAGUGUUGCUUCAAAUCUCUGAAACUGUGGGGUCUUGAGACACACACCACAUCCAGUCCUUGGUCUUUGGUUCCCUCAUGCUUCCUACCCUUUUCUACAAUCCGUCAAUAAAGACAAAACAAAUGGGAAUAAUCGUUACACUUAUUUUCAAAUCCACUCAGUGGUUUAGAGUGCAAUAAA